AGAAUAAAAUAAAAUAAGAUGGUCAUUGAAACGGAUGCAAAUCGAACGGAGUUCAUGGAUGUCUUGACUCGAAACGAAAUGGGAAUGAAUCACGGAGGAAUAGUCACAAUUGUCGAAAAUAACUUUCGGAUAGAAGAAAUAAUGUUUUCACACAUUGUGAGACGAAAGGCUAUAAAUGAAAAAACCAAAGCUCCGCGUGAAAAUACUUUAAUUGUUGCAUCGAAAAACUGGAUAGACAAGCGGCAGAACCGAAUCGUUCAAUUUAAUGUCUCAAUUCCCAUUCUUUUUCAUAAGAAAGGGUGUACUGAUAGUCAGAAAGUACUUUGCAAUGAGGUCAUCAUUACUACUUUUCAUGCACUGUUUGAUCUGAAAAAACAACAUCCACAUGACUAUUGGAAACGAAUAAUUCUCUACCAUACUAAUGAUUUUACUCCCACAGACGAACAAUUCAAACGACUCUACAAGAUCAAAGCACUGAAUCGAUGGUGUAUCACAUCAGAUCCCACAAAACAUUACUUGGCGGAAUUAUUUUAUAUAGGAAAAAACGGGCGUGCUGGUUAUUCUAUCGACGACUGUUUGAAACAAGAAAGAGUGGAUUUUUUGGGCAUCACUCCGAUGAUGACGCAUGAAGACUAUAUCAAAAAUGCGGAUGCAGCAGCAAACCGAGGCAAUAUGAUAAAGUUCUCAAUAAAUCUGUGGAAUGCAGUUUUCUCUUUCACCAAUAGCUUCUAUGUCGAAAAAUUCAAAAUGAAUGUCGAAAAUUAUGACAAUUUGGAAGAUCGGUUUGAACGAUUUUGUGCUGGUCUUAAUCCAUCAGACGCCGCUGAUUUGAUGCGAUUAUGGGUGAAUUUGGAGUGGAACUACUUAGAAUGUGAUCAGGAUAAUUUUUUUAUUUCUAUAAGAAACAUGGAGGAAAUUGUUGAACAAUUGAAAAAAUCGAUCGGAUUGAUCCAAAAAGCAGACAUAAGUUUGAUUCGAAAUGCAGUAGGGAUUUCUUGCCGAGAAAUCUAAAAGCGUGAGCUUAAGUAAACGAAGCUGUGAUAUUCCAAAUAAUCCGUAACGAAUAUAUGAGAUGGAUGCAAUGCAGGCAGGAUGCUAGACGUUUUUAAAUUGUUCCCUUUUUGUUACAAAUGUGUUUGUACAUUGUAAUUAGUGUUUUGAAAUAAACAUUUAUAUUCAAA